ACCGGGAUGAACCGCAAAGCCCUUGUUCCGCUGUCCGACCGACCUUCCCCAUACGUAGGUGUCGGCGAAUUUGCAGUUGGAAGCAAUGCUCAGGGUCUUCAGAGGUGCCAGGCCUCUCGCCGCCGCCGCCAAGGCCACAGCGAACGCCGCGGCUCCGGCUUUGCGGGCGGUGGCGGAGCCCAAGGGGAUAUUGAAGCCGGUGCCAGUGUCGGCGGCUAUGCGGAAGUUCAUCGGUCAGCCGGAGAUCUCACGUGCAGAGGCCGUCAAGAAGGUUUGGGACCACAUCAAGCUCCACCAGCUUCAGAACCCAUCAAAUAAGAAGGAGAUAAUCUGCGAUGAGAAGCUAAAGAUAAUAUUCGAGGGAAAGGACAAAAUAGGAAUGAUGGAAAUUGCAAAAUUGCUCUCUCCUCACUUCUUGAAAUCCAAAUGAUCCUGCAUAGAAUUAACUUGGCUGUUUUUAGAUGACCAACUCGUGGCUUUUACAUGCAGCAGAUGCCAUCUUCUGGGUCUUGAUUUAGAUUAGUCAGUAUACCUUUAAGCUUUACAUGUUUUGUCCACAUUUUGCUGUGUCAUUUGUCUGUACUUUGCUUGAUUUGUAAGCACAACCUUUAUGGAUUAAAUGUGCUAAUGUCCAAAAACUUGUUGUUUAUGUUCGAUCAUUAGCUCAAUUUUGACUUGUUUUGACUAUCUUUUACUUAAUGAGCAAAACAGGAAUAUGAGCCUUAUUAGAUCU